CUGAAAGGAGGGGGGGGGGGGGCCUCAUACAUCAUGGCUGCGGAGGAGGAGGCUGCAGCACGGAGCCGGGCCGGAGCCGCGCUCCGCCGCCGGGGGGGUCCCGGUCCUCUCCCCGCGCCGCGCGCGCUGCUGGCCGGGCUGUGCCUCCUCGCGCUGCUGCCCGCGCCGGCGCGCGCCCUGCUCGGCUUCCGGCCCGAGGCCACGGGGGCGGAGCUGUCCGUGGAGGACGGGGUGCUGAAAGCCACCGAGGGGACCCGCUUCAUGCUGCGGGUGUACUACUCCGCGUCCCCGCAGAGGCUCGACCGCACGGGCACGGCCCAGGGCGCGCGCGCCAACCACGCCGCGCCCUGGAUCGCCUUCAUCGAGGAGCCGAGCCCCGGGCGCGAGGGCCAGGCCCACCCCAAGAGGAACAUGUGCAUGGACAAGAACGCCAGGACGUCCGACAUCGAGGUCCUGGGCUCGUUUAAGUCCGCCUCCAGCCAGAACUCGGUGCUGGUGGAGCUGCUGGCCAAGGACCUGCGGAGGGGGGAGAAGAUCAAGUACUACUCCAUGUGCGCCUUCGACGGCUCCAAGUGGGAGCACUACCGGACCAGGGACUUCUGGGUGGCCGUGACGGAGCGGUCAGCCGUCCCGGAGCUGUGGCUGCAGGUGCUGGUGUCCGUCCUCCUGCUGGGGCUGUCGGCGCUGUUCAGCGGCCUGAACCUCAGCCUGCUGGCGCUGGACCCCGUGGAGCUGCAGGUCCUCCAGAACAGCGGCACCGACGCCGAGCAGAACCACGCCCGCAAGAUCGAGUCGGUGCGCCGCCACGGCAACUACGUCCUGUGCACGCUGCUGCUGGGCAACGCCAUCAUCAACGCCUCGCUGGCCGUGUGGAUGUGCCAGAUCCUGGGCAUGACCUGGCUCUCCACGGUCAUCUGCGCCUUCGGGAUCUUCUUCGUGGGCGAGAUCCUGCCCCACUCGGUGGCCUCGCGCCACGGCCUGGCCAUCGCCUCCAAGACCAUCUGGGUGACGCGGCUCCUGAUGGUGCUCUCCUUCCCCGUCUCCUACCCCAUCAGCAAGCUGCUGGACCUCAUCCUCAACCAGGAGAUCUCCAACUUCUACACCCGGGAGAAGCUGCUGGAGAUGCUGCGCGUCACCGACCCCUACCACGACCUGGUCAAGGAGGAGCUGAACAUCAUCCAGGGCGCCCUGGAGCUGCGCACCAAGACGGUGGAGGACGUGCUCACGCCGCUGGGCGACUGCUUCAUGCUGGCCUCGGACGCGGUGCUGGACUUCAACAGCAUGUCCGACAUCAUGCAGAGCGGCUACACGCGGAUCCCCGUCUACGAGAACCAGCGCUCCAACAUCGUGGACAUCCUCUUCGUCAAGGACCUGGCCUUCGUGGACCCGGACGACUGCACGCCGCUGAAGACCAUCACGCAGUUCUACCGGCACCCGCUGCACUGCGUCUUCAACGACACCAAGCUGGACGCCAUGCUGGAGGAGUUCAAGAAAGGAAAGUCCCACCUGGCCAUCGUCCAGCGCGUGAACAACGAAGGCGAGGGCGACCCGUUCUACGAGGUGAUGGGCAUCGUCACGCUGGAGGACGUCAUCGAGGAGAUCAUCAAGUCGGAGAUCCUGGACGAGACGGACCUGUACACCGACAACAGAACGAAGCGCCGUGUCUCCCACCACGAGCGGAAGCAGCAGGACUUCUCCAUCUUCAAGCUCUCGGAGAACGAGAUGAAAGUGAAGAUUUCCCCUCAGCUGCUCCUGGCCACGCACCGCUUCCUCUCCACGGAGGUGGAGCCUUUCAAGCCCGCUCACAUCUCGGAGAAGAUUCUGCUGCGGCUCAUCAAACACCCCAGCGUGGUGCAGGAGCUCAAGUUCGACGAGAAGAACAAGCGGGCGCUGCAGCACUUCCUGUUCCAGCGCAACAAGCCGGGUCGAGUCGAGGUGGAGUUCGGUAAGGAGGCGCUGAAGUUUGAGAACGGGGCUUUUUCUUACUUCGGGGUGCCCGCCAUCAUGCCAGCAGUCCACAGGUCUCCCUCUCGGAGCAGCGGCCUGGACCGCUCCGAGUCCAUCCUGUACGGAGGAAGUCUGGGCCAGCUGAACGGGGGAGGCAACGUCUACCUGCCCGACUACUCCGUCAGGCAGCUGACGCCCCUCCAGAUCCUCAAGAUCACCCGGAGUCACUACCAGAACGCGCUAACGGCCACCAGGAUGGACAGCUCCCCCCAGACGCCCGACGCCGACACCCGUCUGACCGAGGGCAACGGCCUGACCCCCGAGCCUCCGGCCACCGACCCCACAGCCAGGCUCAUGCCCCCGGAGCACCCCGGCGCCACCCUCAUGCCUCCGCCCAGGGAGCCCGGCCGGCCCAGCUCGGCCCGGGCCCGGGGCCAGCAGUCCAGCGUCCCACACAGCACCUCCCUGCUCAACGAGAAGAACCGCAUCGUCAGGAGUAAGUCUGAUGGCCAGAAGAGUCCCAGCGAUUCAGUCUUCCUCAGGAUGGACGAAAUUCCUUACAUCCGAGAGGACAGAUCCGAGCCGGAUGCACAAGCUGGUUCGUCCUACUUCGUUCAUGAGGCCUCCGUUCCCGUGGAAACGGACACGUCCCCUUUCAUCAGCAGCCUGUCGCUGAGCGGCUCCGAAGACACGCUGGGCAAGAAGCUGCUGCUCAAACUUAGUAGGCCACAAGAAGAGGAAAAGAUCUCGUGA